AUGUUGAACGGGAAUGACGUGCUGGAGAUGGACUCUGUGUCUGAGACCGAUGGAGACACCGCGUUCGGCAUGAUAGAGGAAGAAAUCGUUUACCCUGAAGAGUUUUUACCCACUUAUCACAGUAUUGAAGAAGGAGCCAAAGCUGUAGAGGUCGAGUUCAACGGCAAAAAAGACACACUUUUCUUCAACGAUGGCGUCCGGAGGAUUGACUUCGUGUUGGUGUAUGAAGACGAGGAGAUGAAAGAGUUUGAGAAGAGGCACACCUUUGCCAGACGCAAGAGACGAAGAGAGUAUUUUGAAGCAAGCCUGAUGAAGAUGGGGAUGGAGUUGGAGGCAACAAGAUCAGUUGUGGACGAAAAGUUGAUCUUUGUCAAGAUCCACAUGCCUUGGGAAGUCCUGUGCACGUACGCUGAGGUCCUGCACAUCAAGCUGCCCAUCCAGCCCAACGACCUGUCCUCCCGCCCGUCCAUAUGGAGAUAUUUCUCUUGGAUCACCAAAGCUUUUUACCCAGACGAAAAACUCAUCCACAAAGAGACAGAGUACUUCACCGCCCCGUUUGAGAAGGACCGCCUGGAAUACUUCUACAUGAAGGACAAAGACUUGUUUUUCACAGACUCCAUGAGGAGCAGGAUGGCCUUUUACAUUCUGAGCCGCGCACCCUAUGACAUACGUGGGAACCUUAAGAAAUUCGGCAUCACCAAGCUCCUGGACAGUGGCGUUUACAAAGCUGCUUAUCCACUACAUGAUACCAGGUUUAAUGUAAAGUCCAUUGAAGAUGACUGCCCCAAUGAGAGAUAUCUACUGUUCCAAGAAUGGGCACAUCCCAAAAGCUUUUACAAGAUGCAGCCUUUAGACUUAAUAAGGAAAUAUUACGGGGAGAAGAUUGGCAUUUACUUUGCUUGGUUGGGUUUCUACACGAUCAUGUUGGCCGUGGCUGCGGUGGUGGGACUGGGCUGUUUCAUCUACGGAUACAAGACUCAAGAAACCAGCACCUGGAGUAAAGAGGUGUGUGACCCUGACAUCGGAGGGCAGAUUGUGAUGUGUCCACAGUGCGACAAACACUGCAAGUACUGGAGACUGAACAGCACGUGUGAGGCUUCUAAGAAACUUUGUAUAUUUGACAAUUUUUCAACACUAGUAUUUGCUGUUUUCAUGUCUAUAUGGGUGACGGUUUUCCUGGAGUUCUGGAAGCGUUACCAGGCCGAGCUGGAGUACGAAUGGGACACAGUGGAGUUUCUGGAGCAGGAGGAGCCGCCUCGUCCUGAAUACGAGGCCAAGUGCAUCUACGAGCAGAAGAACCCCAUCACCGGGGUGAUGGAAAAAGUGCCUUAUUCAACAUGUGGGAAAUGUGUGCGUCUGUCCAUCGGCAUGGGCACUGUGAUGUUCUGGAUCAUGUUGAUCAUUGCGUCCGUCGUCGCCAUCACCAUCUAUCGACUGGCUGCUUUCUUUGCCUUUUCCACCAGGCUUCGCCAAGAAGAUCUCAAAGAACUGGAGCCGCUGAAGGAAUAUGUGACGCCUCAAAUGGCCACGUCUGUCACGGCGUCUCUCAUAAACUUUGUGGUGAUUAUGAUCCUGAACAUGCUGUAUGAGCGUGUGGCCAUCUGGAUCACUAACUUUGAGCUUCCUCGCACCAGGACAGAAUAUGAGAACAGCCUGACUCUGAAGAUGUUUCUCUUUCAAUUUGUCAACUAUUACUCCUCCUGUUUCUAUAUUGCGUUUGCCAAGGGGAAGGCAGUGGGCUUUCCCGGGCAGCCUGUGUAUCUACUGGGGAAAUACAGGAAUGAGGAGUGUGAUCCCGGUGGUUGCCUCAUUGAACUGACCACUCAGUUGUCCAUCAUCAUGGGAGGUAAAGCUAUCUGGAACAACAUUCAGGAGGUCUUGUUACCAUGGCUGAAAAACCUGUACGCCCGACACUGCAGUGGUAAGAGUGUUGCCUCAGAUAAAGGGUGUCCUCGGUGGGAGCAGGACUACCGGCUCCAGUCCAUUUCCAAAUUGGGCCUUUUUUAUGAGUAUCUUGAGAUGGUGAUCCAGUUUGGCUUUGUGACGCUGUUUGUGGCCUCCUUCCCUCUGGCACCGGUCCUGGCUCUUGUCAAUAAUGUGUUUGAGAUUCGAGUGGACGCCUGGAAAAUUACCACUCAGUUCCGCCGCAUGGUCCCAGAAAAGGCUAGCACCAUCGGAGCCUGGCAGCCUAUUCUCCAAGGCAUUGCCAUCCUCGCGGUGGCCACAAAUGCCAUGAUCAUAGCCUUCACAUCGGACAUGAUUCCUCGCCUGGUGUACUAUUGGUCCUUCUCUGUGUAUCCCUAUGAAGAAAACCGCAACAACACUAUGGAAGGCUACAUCAACAGCUCCCUGUCCAUUUUUAACAUCAGUGACUUCAACGAACAAAGUCGCCCUCUGAGCCCCGCCCACAACAUCACCACAUGCAGGUAUCGAGAUUUCCGGAAUCCUCCUGGGCACCCCCGCGAAUACGAGCACACUGUUUACUACUGGCACGUGAUUGCUGCUAAAAUGGCUUUUAUUAUUGUUGUUGAGCAUAUAGUUUACUUCACAAAGUUCAUCUUGUCCUAUGUGAUCCCUGAUGUCCCUUAUGCAGUCAAAGAACAAAUCAAGCGUGAGAAAUACUUGACUCAGGUUAUUCUCCAUGAGACCAACCUGAAGCUGGUGACCAAACGAUACACAAUGAGCUCUCAGAUCACUUGUGUGAGUUGGAUUAAGCGGGGUGUCGCCAAAUCUACUCCGGACAAAGUUGAACUCAGUCAAGAGGAGCUGCAGCGCAUUAUAACUGAAGCUAAAGAAGAGCUCGGUGAACAAGCAGCUGAGGAGGAGGAUGAUGACGAAGAGCAGACUGAUGACCAUAACUCCAACAGCGUACAGACUGAGGACACUGUUCAAAGUCCAGAGGAUAAAAAGGAGAAAGAUGAGGAAGAUGAGCUGGCCGAAUAUGGGCUUGACAAAUACGAUGAAGAAGAUUCAGUCACGGCUAAUCUCGGAGAUAGUCUUGCUGGUCUCACUGUGUUCUGUUCUAAUGAAGAGGAUCCAUACAUCACUAUUAAAGAUACAGAUCAGUAUGAGCGUGAAGACUUUGAAAUAAAACCCAGUGACAAUCUAAUUCUUGCUGGGAAAACGGAGAAGGACUGCUGUAAUUUGGAAAUCUUUGUAUACAACUCUGAAGAAGACUCUCUCUAUGUGCAUCAUGACAUCCUACUGCCAGCCUAUCCUCUGUGUGUUGAGUGGCUCGACUUUGAUCCAAGCCCAGGAGAAGGACCGGGUAACUACGCGGCAGUGGGUAAUAUGACUCCUCAGAUAGACGUGUGGGAUCUCGAUGUUGUUGACUGUUUAGAGCCGGCUUUUUCACUUGGAAGCAAAAAGGCUGUAAAGAAGAAAAAGAAAAACAAGAAGGGGGCUACAUCACAGCUGGUUGAAGGACACACUGAUGCUGUGUUAGAUUUAUCCUGGAACAAACUCGUAAGAAAUGUUUUGGCAAGUGGUUCAGCAGAUGACACUAUUAUCUUGUGGGAUCUUGCACAGGGUAAACCAGCAACAACGCUUAAGAGACACACUGACAAGGUUCAAACAUUAGCAUUCCAUCCAUUUGAGGCCCAGACCUUGAUAUCAGGAUCUUUUGACAAAACCGCUAUCCUUUAUGACUGCCGUAGUCCAGAUAACAGCUACAGGAGCUGGAGGUUUAGUGGUCAAGUUGAGCGUCUUGUUUGGAAUCACUUUUCGCCUUGUAAUUUCCUGGCCAGCACAGAAGAUGGUUUUGUCUAUUGCCUCGAUGCACGUUCAGAUAAACCUGUUUUCACGUUAAGAGCCCAUGAUGAAGAAGUGUCGGGUUUGAACCUCAGCAGUCAGAUAAAAGGAUGUCUCGUCACUUCCUCAGCCGACAAACAUGUGAAAAUAUGGGACAUUUUGGGAAACAAGCCUAGUCUGGUGCACACAAGAGAUAUGAAGAUGGGCGUGAUGUUCUGCUCAUCGUGCUGUCCUGAUUUGCCCUUUGUCUAUGCUUUUGGAGGACAGAGGGAAGGUUUAAGAGUUUGGGAUAUUAGUGAUGUUGCUGCAGUGAAAGAGGUGUUUGGGGGUCGAGAGCGGUUGGUAGUGAACACAGGUGCACAGCCACCGAGCACUUCCAGUUCAGCGGAGAUGGAAGUCUCCUAA